GGCGCGGUGCCGGGCCCGGCCCCCGCGGGCUGCGAGCGGCGGGGCGGGCGGCGGCCGGCGCGGGGGCGGCAGCGGGAGCGGGAGCGCCGGGAUACUUGUGAAAGAUGGUGGAUCGCUUGGCAAACAGUGAGGCAAAUACUAGAAGAAUAAGUAUAGUGGAAAACUGCUUCGGAGCAGCCGGUCAACCUUUGACUAUUCCUGGUCGUGUUCUGAUCGGAGAGGGAGUACUAACGAAGCUGUGUAGGAAGAAGCCCAAAGCAAGACAGUUCUUCCUGUUCAAUGACAUUCUCGUUUACGGUAACAUUGUCAUCCAGAAGAAGAAAUACAACAAACAGCACAUAAUCCCACUGGAAAAUGUCACUAUUGAUUCCAUCCAGGAUGAAGGAGACUUACGGAACGGGUGGCUUAUCAAGACACCAACAAAGUCUUUUGCCGUGUACGCUGCCACCGCCACAGAGAAGUCUGAGUGGAUGAACCACAUAAAUAAGUGUGUGUCUGAUUUGCUUUCCAAAAGCGGGAAGACUCCUAGCAAUGAACACGCAGCUGUCUGGGUGCCAGACUCAGAAGCCACCGUGUGCAUGCGCUGCCAGAAAGCAAAAUUCACACCCGUCAACCGUCGCCACCACUGUCGCAAGUGCGGCUUUGUCGUGUGCGGGCCUUGCUCUGAAAAGAGGUUUCUUCUCCCAAGCCAGUCUUCCAAACCUGUGCGGAUUUGCGACUUCUGCUAUGACCUUCUUUCCACUGGGGAGAUGACAGCUUGUCAGUCCGCUAGAUCAGACUCCUACAGCCAGUCACCUAAAUCAUCUUUAAAUGAUGUGUCUGAUGACGAUGACGACGAAGACAGUAGCGAUUAAGCAGCAAACGUUUUUUCCAUGUGUUGCAGUUUGUGUUUCAAACGAUACGGAGCUGCUUUUGGGGAAGUCUUUAGUGAGGUUCCUCAGAAAAAUUGUGUUCUAGCCAUAAAAUAUGCCUGAGUAUCUUCAGUUGUGAUGUGCCUCAGUCUAUGAAUUCUCUAGACAAUAGUAUUUUUCACUCCUCUGCAGGGAUAGACCGUUGCAAAUGUUACCGGAAUGUUUUCCAACUUCUUUUACUUGAGUUGUGUCUAGGUUAGACUUUUGUGGAAGAUUGGAGAGUAAAAUGUACUUUCUUAAUUUAAAUACCCAUAUUUUCUAAUGCUUUGUAUCGAUAGGCUGUUCUGUGGGUUUUUUCAGAUGUAGGGCAGAAGACUGUAAGCAUGCAUGGAACAAUGUUUUGGUUAAUCCCUUUGACUGUCUUGGUUUUCUAAUCAUGUUGUAUAAGAAGUUGAAAUGUGACAUCACUUACAAACUUAGGUGUCACAAAACUUGGAAAUUGUCUUGUUUUGCUCUUAUUUAUGACUUCUACGCCAAGCAGUGCCUUGUACCAAUUGUGCUGAUUCAGGAAGAAACAAACCUGUUCUGUGUCGUCUGUAUUUGCCUGAUGCUGGUAUCUGAGAGAUUGUUGGUGCUAUUGAAAAUAACUGCUGUGUUCAAAGUGGAGCUUUGACAAGGUCAUAACUGUACCCCAUGGUAGGUGAUGGGGACUGAGAUCACAUGUCCCCACCUGUGCAGGCAGACCCAAAGACUCUGCAGAUUCCCACAGGCUUCAGCAGGGUUCUCCUCGCAGGAAUUGCACUGUGGGUCGGGAUCUUGAGAUGAGAAGCUUAGGGGGACUCUUCACGGGGAUUUAUAUGGUUUCUUUUCAGAACAGUUACUAAGUUAAAAAUUUGGCAAAUGCAUACUGAGAUACUUACUGAGUGAUAGCCUAUAUAUUUUUUGAUAUAAUUCCCUCAAAUGACACUAAAUUGUUUCUUAAAACGUUAGUGAGAAGGUUGGGUUGUAGACUGUUUUUUUUUGUUUGUUUGUUUGGUUUGGUUUUUCCCCCCCUAGGAGUUUUAUUGGCUUGUUUAAAAAUAAUCUAGUAUUUUGAACAAAAAGCCUGCGAGCAUCCUUAGAAUACUGGCUUUCCUUUUUACACAGCUGACCUCAGGAUAAAUGUGAGAUGCAAGUUACUUCAUUCUAAAUGUAUACCCAGGACCAAGAAAGAUGUAUUUAAGAGCUAUAAUGAAAUUGUCAGUGCAGAAAAUGUCUCUACCAUAGUAUUAAUUUUUAUUUUUAAUAAGUUCUCGAAUACAGAAAUGGCAUGUUCCUUUAUAAAUGUAAAAGCUAGACUUGCAAAGACAUGUUUAACCCCCAAAUACUACGUUUCUAUAUUUUUAUAAUGGUAGUGUCAAUUUUGAAGCAGAAAAACCUCUUUGAAAUAGUUGUAUGAAUUUAGUAGCAACCGACUUUCUAAAAAAAAUGUUAAACUUUUGUAUCUCUUUGACAAUUUCUGCACUGUUUGCCUUGGUUGGCAAUAAUUGGGUUAAAUAUUUAUUGAAUAAACAAUCAAUGCUGCAUAUUGCACUAGUCUCCCAUAUUCUGUACACUGUAAAUGUUAGUAAUAAUUUUGUUUAUAAAAAUUAGCAAAGCACUUCAAAGCCAUCCAUGAGAUUUCUGGUAGCUAAAGAUGCACUUAGCAUCUUUAGGGAGGCACUCUCCAUUAAUAGUCUGCAAGACAUUGCUUCAGGUGAAAAUUGUGUUAAUAUUUUUAGCUUGGGCAAUUUCCAAAAGUACGUUAUUUUAAAAGCACUGAAGAGUAUUUGAUCUACUUUGAAAUGAACUUUAAGAGGGGAAAAUGCUUUCUGAUGGAGACUAGGAACUACGAGGAUUCUGUAAAAUUGCCAGAAAAGCAAUAAAAAAAAGUAUAUAUUGAAAGAGUAGCUGAAAUGAGUAGUUACAUAUACUUGUUCCCUGAAAGAUGAGGGGAAUGAUGACCUGCAGCAGGGGAAAAUGGGCUAUUCUGAAAGGGUACUUUCAGUUAAUAGUGCUUCCUUUUUGUACCUCUCUUACUCUAUAUUUAUAUUUCAGGAAUAGAGACUUGUCAGUUUCAGUUUUUCUGCAGACCUGAAGUACAGACCUCCCUUGUACAUGCCUUCUAGUGACUAACAAUAAUUUUCUUCCUGGUGCAACUGUUUCCUCUUUCUUAAGCUGUCAAAUAUUAACUGGUCUUGUUAGAGAGUCCAUCUCCUUGUGUACUUUUCCCUGUGUUUCUGUAUGUUGUGCUUACUUUUCAGCACUUUUUAGGGGGUGGAAGAGGGUUGCCAACAUCCUAUAUUUUGCAGAAUGUUCUUAUACCUACGUCAAAUACCUUUUUAUCUGUGAAUGAAACUUGCACUGUGCUGCACUGAUUCCCGAAGCUGUAACCAAACCAAUGCGUGUGUGUGGGAUUUUUUCAUCUGGAAUUGAUGUACAUGGUCCAAGCUUUUUGAGAAAGCAUUAAAAAAAAAAAGUGUUUUAUGGUAAUACUCCUAUCCCUCAGUGGUGUUUGUUUAAAACUUUACAAAAUGGACUUAACAUUUAUUUCUCUUGUACUUAAAAAUUCCUGAAAGGGCUCAUUUCGUACUUUGUAGUCUUGCUCUGUCAAACUAUUUUAUUUACAAAUAUAUGGUGUAGCUUCAA